UCCCUCUUCCAAGUCAUUUCUUAUUUGUACUUCGCUCCAUUCAGACAACAGAAUUUGCGAAUCAUAUCAAAGUUGGACCAAUCAUUCCCGGAGAUGAUGAUGAUCGAGCGCUCACUCCUCCGUAACUUGGAUAAAGGAUUCAUCGAAUCGUUCACAGAUUAUAUCACGAAAUUGCGGUUAUACAUCCCUUUCAUUUUAUUGAAAGACAGACUCCUCAUCGAACUCUCCGGCGAAAUCGAACGGCCGGAGUUCCAAAAGAUCUUAAGCGAGAAGACGGCGGAGUUCAAAAGGAAGUUCCCACACAAAGACGUCAUCCCGACUUUCGAUGGGUGUAUUGAGCGGAUGAGUAAACGAAUCGAUGAGAUCGCGCAGUUCGCAAAAGACCUUGUGAAGCAAUUGAAACAAACAGAUGACAAGUUUUUGGCGGUCUAUGAGAUCCUGAAAACGGCGCUGAAGACGGAAGAAGAGAUGAAAGAGUCGAUCGUCGAGUAUUUGGAAUUGAACGACGUGAAGAAUGUGGAGAAGAGGUUCUUAACUAUCGCCUACAAGAUCCACGACGGCAAACGGCGGAUCAAAUACUUUGGCGCGCUGAAGUUUGUGACGCCCGGGGAAGUCUCUAAAGAGUGGAAGAUGUGCAUUUUAUUCAACGACAUUUUGAUCAUCGCGCGUCCAUUUGUCUUCGGGAAGAAGACGACACGAGAGCGCGAGAAUUUACUUCGAUUUGAGAAUUCGCCGCGGGGAAGAGACGUCUCGGAGUUAUCGGGGUAUCGAUUUAAUGAAGAGAUCAGAAUACCAAUGACUUCCCCCAUUCAAGUGAAGAACAUUGUUGACACAGAAAGCGUUCACAACGCUUUCAUGUUCGAAUGCUUUGGAAUUAAAAAGCACUGUAUGUGUGUGUCUAUGAGAGAGCGCGACAAUUGGGUCCAAGCACUUCUUGUGAUGGAUGGAGACAAUGUCUAA